AUGAAAAUCCAUCAUAGGCUAAUGUACAAGGUUGAUAUACCAUACAAGGUAUGCUCUAUGAAAAUUAUAGAUCCACCACAAAUUGAAGAAAUGCUAAAGAUUGAAUAUUGUGCUAAGAACCAGAACUAUACAAGUUUUGGUCAAAAUAGUCACAAUAAAUCUAGAUAUCAAAAAUCUUCCAUCUUACAUUCAUAUCUAAAUGGUCAACCACCAUCAGAUUAUGAAAUAAAGUUCAAUCAUGAUGAAUGA